CCUGACCAACAUUAGCCGCCACGAGUCGCUGAAGAAGAUGGAGAGCCCCCCGAUCCGUCGCUCCACCUCCUCGGGCCAGUACACAGGCUUUAGUGAUGCCCACCACCACCACCACCACGGCGGCAAGCCCCUGGAUCCGGAGAGCAUCGCACAGGACAUAGAAGAAACCAUGAACACGGCUCUAAAUGAGCUGCGCGAGCUGGAGCGGCAGAGCUCAGCCAAGCACGCCCCCGACGUGGUGCUGGACACCCUGGAGCAGCGGCAGACCUCCGGCAGCAGCGGCGGGGUCCCACGCCGGCCAGCUCCAGCGACCAACACAGAGCCGCCCAUCGCCGCCAGCACCAGCUCCUCCAGCGACACUAUGAGCACCUUCAAGCCCGUGGUAGCGCCUCGCAUGGGGGUGCAGCUCAAACCUCCCGCCUUGAGGCCUAAGCCCAUGGUUCUCCCCAAGUCUAGCCAGGCCCCACAGCCUCCAGCUGCAUCUUCUCAGGAUCCUCUGGACAAGUCCUGCACCAUGUAA